AUGAUGGGCUAUUUCAUCUUAAUUUUUCUUCUCCCAUACUUGUUCAGUGGUUGCUCCGCCCAAACUUCAGCUGUAAUCACGGGAACUUCUUCAAUUUCAAUGGCUAGCACCAUAUUCUACCUUAAUUCAAGCCUCCCUUCAAUGUGGUACAACAAUAACUCAACGAAUAUGACUAUCCGUGGGGAUGAUGGAUCAGUGAUAAGAGUAGUCCUCUCAAGACAAAACAGCGUGGGUUAUGUUUGUGGAUUCUACUGCAUAAACUUCUGCUAUGAAUACUUGCUCUCGGUCGUUGUUGUUGGUAUAGGCAAUCCAAGUGUAGUUUGGUCAGCGAACAGAGACCAUCCAGUGCAGGAGAACGCGACCUUACAACUAACAGGAGAUGGAGAUUUGGUGCUACGAAACUCAAAUGGCACCAAGGUGUGGUCAUCCAAUACCACAGGAAAGUCGGUACUGGGAUUAAACAUGACUGAAGCAGGAAACUUGGUCCUCUUUAACAACAAUGAAGCCAUUGUUUGGCAAUCUUUUGAUCACCCUACUGACACACUGCUCACUGGGCAGCGCUUAAACGAGGGCCAGAGACUAACUGCGAGUGCCUCUAAAUCCAGUUGGACCCGGGGAUUGUAUUUGUACUAUGCCACGUUAACAUCGGCCUCUGGUUUUGCUGCAUACACUGAAGUCCAUCAAGGCCCACCAUUGAUGUAUUAUCAAUUGGUACCUGAUCAGAGUUCACGCAGUAGUGGCAGAUCCAAUUAUGCAGAAUUCCAACGAGGAGGGUUCAUUGUUAACUUGGGAACAUCUCAGCAAACAUUUGCGAGAACUAGCAUCUAUCUACCUGAUUCCUACAUUGAGUAUCUAAGACUUGACAGUGAUGGGCAUUUAAAGAUAUACCAACAUGAUGAAGCAAGGGGAUUUUAUGAGGUUCUUGAUUUGGUUAGCCAUGACCUAGGCGUGUGUCAAUAUCCUCGCAGCUGUGGAGAAUAUGGAGUAUGCCGAGAAGGGGAAUGUAGUUGUCCCACAGGCCUAGACAGAGUUCAAUAUUUUGAUCAAAGUCAACUUCAGUUACCCAGUAAGGGCUGCUCUAGAUUAACCCCUUUGUCUUGCCACCGUUCCCCAGAUCAACACAAACUUGUUGAGUUAAUAAAUGUUACCUACUUCAAUGUCAUCAAUUCAGUUGCUGCACUUCCAAAUAUCAGAGACAUAAACGGAUGCAUGGAGGCUUGCCUGCAAAACUGUUCUUGUGGUGCAGUCUUUUUCAGGUAUUACUACAAUGUUUCAGAUGGGUAUUGUUUUAUGCCACCUGAGAUCUUGUCAAUUAGAGAAUGGCAAAUUCCAAAUUACAAUUUCAUGUCAACCACAUAUAUUAAGGUACAAAUUCCAUAUGAGGCACCAAGUCCUUUGCCAGAAGUUGCGCCAUCAACUCCAUCUCCAAGAAAUCAAACAAAUUUUGCAGCAAUAAUUGCAGGUUCUAGUGCUGGUGCGUUUAUGCUUGUAUGCAUUGCAAUUGACAUCCGGGUUAUGUGGUGGGAACGAAACAAAGAUGAUGAGGACUAUGUCGGCCAUCUCCCGGGGAUGCCUAAGAGGUUUUCAUAUGAAGAACUACGCGUUGCAACAGAGGAUUUUAAGGAGAAACUUGGUGCCGGAGGAUUUGGGACUGUGUUUAGAGGAACGCUUGGAGAUGUUUGCGGGCGAAAAAACUUGGAUUGCCAACGUUCAGAAUCUAGCUCUCAUUUGCUUAAAUUGUUGCAAAAGAAGGCCAAAGAGGACAAACUACUUGCUUUAGUUGAGCAUUUGGAGGAAGGCAUGGAAGAUCAUAGAGAAGAAAUCGUGAGGAUGAUAAAGACUGCAGCAUGGUGCUUGCAAGAUGAUCACACGAGGAGGCCUUCGAUGGCAACAAUAGUGAAUGUCUUGGAAGGGGUAAUGGAGGUGGACCCAAACAUCAGCUAUAACUUCACUCAUGCAAUGGGAUCUCAAGUUGUAGCAAAUGGUCAUGCUUCUACACCACCACAAGCUUCUGUUCUUUCCGGUCCUAGAUGAAAUACAGACAAGUCAUAACUCACUCCCCUUGCAAUUGUCUCAAGGUGUGCAAAACUACUUCUAGUUGGGCUCCAGAACUUUUCCUUCUAGCUAGUUAGAGAGUCAUUUAGUACCAUUUUCAAUAUAGUAGUUUUGCCCAAUUCUUACUAAGGGGCUUAGUAACAAAAAACCUUCGUUGAUAAAUA